AUGGAGGCCACCAAAGAAGAUCUAGAGCAACAAAGACUCUUGCCGGAUUGUGAAGACCAGAAGGCACCAAUCGAAAAUGAGGCCACACCCAGUUCAAGCUCGCGUCGGAGACGACCGCCGCUGGUACCUCUUUUGCUGGUAAUAGGGAUAUUCUCUUUAUUACUGCUACCGACAAGAACUACUGUCGGAUGUCACAAGCUGCCUGCAGCUGCAGUAUCUACAUACAAUUCAACUGCAUCACCACCGGACCACUCCCAGUCCAGUGUCUCGUUGGUUCCCGAUAUAUGGGCACAAAACACGGUGCCAAAAGGCAAGGAGUCGCCUUCGUCGUCUUCACAUAUGGGGCGGGUAAUUUCAGCUAUUCGCAAUGCUGCUUCAAACGCCCUCCACAAACGCCAACUUGGGAUUCCAGGCCUCCCCGGGAUUCCAGGGCUCACAACCCCGCGGCGGCCAGUGCUGCAAUGCUUUGAGGUUUCCCAGCCGGUCCUCACUCCGGCGAAUAGUACGCGAGCCGGCGGUGCGCCGUGCUCAGCUCUGCUCAUGGAACACGUCUUUGCCUUCAGCUACGGCAAACCUUUUGUUGGAAACUACACGCCGCCCAACUGUGACUUCAACCGGGUAGUCAUGAAUUUCAGCGUGGUGUCGGCAGGGAGACAGUUCGACCGCCUUGCGCUUAUGUACUUGGGUGACACAGAAGUCUGGCGGACAUCGACGGCUGAGCCCACAGCCUCUCCAGGAAUUCACUGGGAGUACCACAGGGAUAUGACGCAGUACCUAUCUCUCUGGAAGAAGCCGCAGACGGUUAUAUUUGACCUAGGAAACCUGGUCAAUGCCAACUAUACAGCCUCCUUCAACACUACCUUGACGGCCACUUUCUUCAAGGAUGACGUUAAGACGGCCACCGCCCCGCCUGCCGACGUGAUCAUCCCGAUCACCGCACUCAACUAUAGUAGGAAUGAGGGUACGCCACUCAGCGUCUUCCUUCUUCCGGGAAUGAAUGCCAGCACCACUGUCAAGUCGUUCCCUCGCAAUGCCAAUCGUGCCGUGCUGGCGAUCCAAGCCAACGGCCAGGCGGCGGAGGAGUUUUGGUGGUCGAACCUCCUACAGAGUGACGUGGCUACCUUCAACGCCACCAACGGCAUGGCCCCGGGCAUGAGCCCCUUCCGCGAGGUCGCCGCCAUGAUCGACGGGAAGCUUGCCGGCUUUCAAUGGCCAUUCCCUGUCAUAUUCACCGGAGGAGUGGUUCCAACACUUCACCGGCCAGUGGUUGGGCUACAAGCUUUUAACCUUCGCGAGCACGAGAUUGACAUUACGCCGUGGCUCCCACUCUUAUGCGACGGAAAUCCCCAUACCUUUUCGUUUGACGUAAGAGGACUACUGGAUGACAAUGGUAAAAGCGGCACGUUGUCCAACAACAUUACCAGCAGUUGGUAUAUCACCGGAAAAGUCUUUGUCUGGCUGGAUGAUGAGGGUUCCAUCACCACAGGGAGCACCCCCGAGAUCCAAGGCGUGGAUCCCUCGAUCGACAUUUCGCAACACGCCAUAACCCGGGACCAGCGAGGUCGAAACCAGACUUUGACGUACAACGUCGCUGUCAAGCGUGAUUUUACCGUAAAGGCAAGGGUCAAGACGCAAAAGUCGAGCUUUGAAUCCGCCUGGAGACAGCGCCUAUCCUACGACAACAAGAACAACGUCACAAACUACGGCCAGGAUCAAGUCACAAGAUUUGGCGUCCUUGGAUCCGACACUGCCUUUUCCGACCAGAAAACAAUCUACGGCCAGGAUUACAACUAUCCACUGGCCGUCGACAUGCGGAUCCAAAACUCUCCGCAGACGGGCACCAUGACGCUGAGCGCCGGCAUGAACCAGGGCAUGACGUUCCAGAUCGCCGGCAGGUCCGUUUUCCCGGAUGGGCUCGAGGCUUUUGCGGGGACGCGGAACGACAAGAACUUUACCGCAAGCAUCCUCUCGACUUUCCGCGAAGGGUCGGCCACUUUCCAGCAGACCAUCAUCCCGGGCCGACCAUCCACCUCCACCGGCUCCGGGAACAUCAGGCAAGAAUUUUCGUUUGGGGGUAAUUUUGAACGGUACCCAGAAAUAUUCAACGCAACGGCGGGUAUCGGUUCGCAGCCGGACGUGAUGCUGUACUACCGGAACCUGACCGUCGCCAACAACGCUGUCACGCGUGAUCGUGAGACGAUUGCCGGUAGGAGGAACAACGAGGUCUCGUCUGCUACUGCUACUGCCCCGUCGGUGGAUAGGAACGUCGUGUCUGAGCCUGCGCCGGAUCAGGUCUAUUUCGAUGCUGCGUCGUCCAGGGAUGACUUUGCCGCGCCGAGGUUCCCGACCGCUGCGAAGUUUGGUGUAGGAUAUGGGCCGUUCAUGGAAAGGCGGUGGCAGUAG